CCGACCGCCACCCUCAGCACUCACGCUUAAGCCGAGGGGGAGUGUACACGCGUUCUCUCCAAGGUGCUUGUCACAUGGUUCCCACCCCGGCAUAAUUCAUCCUUUUUCCUCAUUAUUCGUCCGAGUUAUGUCCAAGCGAAGAUGAGUGAGUGCGCCGUGACCCCGAAAGCCCUCAUCUUCCUGCAGACCAAGGUUACCAACACCUAGCGACGGUGAAAACGGGUGAAAAUCAGAAGGUGAGGAGGGAGCGGGGAUCCAGGAGAGCGAGGAGGAGGCCAACUCAUGCAUUGACUUACACGGCUGAUGCGUACACAGCCCUGAAGGUGCACACACGGCCCUGAAGAGUAGAAGUGGACUCGUGUAAGAAGUUAAGAGAAGAAGAAGAAGAAGAAGAAGAAGAAGGAGAGAGGAAAGAGAGAGAAGCAAUAACAAGCAUCAUAUAAGAAGAAGAAGAAAAAGAAGAAGAACAGAACAAAGGAAGACAAUGGCUGGUGAAGGACAGGGAUCAGGAGGGGGAGGAGGAGGAGGAAUGGAAGUCGGCACAGGAGGAGGAGGAGGAGGAGGAGGAGGAAUCGAACUGGGGUGCCCUACCGAGACCCUCCUACCAAACAUCACCUCCUCCCCCGCCAAGCAGCCUCCGUCUUCUGCACCAUCCUCGGGCAUCACGCUUUCCCGCAAAAUCACGCUGCUUAAUGGCGUGUCUCUCAUCGUGGGCUCCAUCAUCGGCUCAGGCGUGUUCGUGUCCCCCGGAGGCGUGCUGGGCUACGCCGGCUCCCCCGUGGCGGCCCUGCUGGUCUGGGGGCUGUGUGGGGUCUUCUGCACCGUGGGAGCGUUGGCCUUCGCUGAGUUGGGCACCAUGCUUCCCUCUGCGGGCGGUGAGUACAGCUAUAUCCUCAAAGCCUUCGGGGGCCUUCCUGCCUUUCUCACGCUAUGGGUCAACGUGGUAAUCAUACGCCCCGCUACCCAGGCCGUUGUGGCGCUGACCUUCGCGGAGUACGCCGUGGCUAUGGUGCUACCCGCGCAAACCACCGGACCCCACUUCGAUGCCCCCGAUGAAUGCCCCGCUGCCGUUCAUGACAUCCCCGUGGUUCUACUUGCUGCCCUGGCCCUGUGUCUACUCACGGCCGUCAACUGUCUGAGUGUGCAGCUGACCAUGCGGAUUCAGACUGUGUUCACGGCGGCCAAGCUCCUCGCCCUGGCCACCAUCAUCGCGGCCGGCGCCCUACACCUAGCCGCCGGUAACACUCAGACCCUGUACCAGCACGCGUUCCAGGGGGGCGUGUCCAUGGAGGGGGUCCCGCUGGCCUUCUACUCCGGUCUCUUCGCCUACGGGGGCUGGAAUUACCUCAACUUUGUCACCGAGGAGCUCAAGAACCCGUACAGGAACCUCCCCCGGGCCAUCAGCAUCGCGCUCCCCCUGGUGACCUGUGUGUACGUGCUGGCUAAUGUGUCCUACCUCGCUGUUCUCACCCCCGCGCAGGUCCUCGCCUCCCCCGCCGUGGCCGUGUCCUUCGGCCGCGAGGUUCUUGGCCCUCUACAAUAUUGGGUUCCAGUGUUCGUGGCGCUGUCCACCUUCGGGUCCCUCAACGGCAUCCUCUUCACUUCUGGGCGGCUCUUCCUGGCGGGGGCGCGCGAGGGACACCUGCCCCCCGCCCUCGCCUUCAUUCACCUUAGGGCCAAGACGCCGGUGCCCGCUCUCCUGCUCACGUGUUUCCUCUCCCUCCUGAUGCUCCGCGCCGACAUCUUUUUCCUCAUCAACUCCCUGUCCUUCGCGCUGUGGUUGACCAUCGGCGGGGCGGUGGCGGCGCUCCUGUGGCUGAGACGCACACACCCACACCUCCAUAGGCCUAUCAAGGUGCACACGGCCCUCCCCACGCUGGUGUUGAUAGGCUGCGUGUACCUGGUGGUGGUGCCGGUGGUGCGGGAACCCUCGAGUACUGGUGUGGGUGUGCUAAUGACGCUCUCAGGUGUUCCCGUGUACCUGGUGGGUGUGAUGUGGCGGGGGAAGCCGGCGUGGGUGACGGAGCUGCUGGAUUCCUCCACCCAUUUCCUGCAGAAGAUCCUGAUGGUGGUGGAGCCGGAGGUGGCGCCCCCCUCCCCCGCCACCCCCACCCCCCUCUGAAUGCCUAGGGGGGGGGGGGGGAGAGAGAGAGAGAGAGAGAGAGAGAGAGAGAGAGAGAGAAUGAAUGAAUAAUAGAAAGAAAGAAAGAAAAAGAAAAAGAAAAAGAAAGAAAGAAAGAAAGGAUUGAGUGAAUGUUAAGUGUGUGUGUGUGUGUGUGUGUGUGUGUGUGUGUGUGUGUGUGUGUUACCCAUUGAUGAAACACAUACACAUAUAUAUAAAAAAAGGUAUUUAUACAUAAUUUUAAAAAAAAUCAUGCAACUCAAAUUAAUUAUAUAUGCAAGAUUAUAAUUAGUUGCAGUAGUAGUAGUAGUAGUAGUAGUAGUAAUAGUAAUAGUAGUAGUAGAAGUAGUAAUAGUAGUAGAAAUAGUAGUAAAACAUUAACAAUUGUGUAUAUCUGAUGAGGCCUUGAACUACAAACAGAAUCACAAAUAACAAUAAUAAUAAUAAUAAUAAUAAUAAUAAUAAUAAUAGGAAGAUCUGACCACACCAUAUUUAAAGGGACAAUUAUUAUUAUUUUUAUUAUUAUUAUUAUUAUUAUAUCAAAAUUAACGUAUAGAAUCUCCCAUAAGUAUUUUCUCCCCUCAUAAGAAUGGAUUUAUAUAUUUUUCUUUCUCUAUUAAAGGGAAAUGAUGUUGAUGUUUGUAGAGGAGAAGGAAGAACAAGAGGAGGAGGAGGAGGAGUUUAAAAUGUUUGUUAUAUGUAAAGGAAGAGAAGGAAGAGGAAGGAAGAAGAGGAGGAGGAGGAGCUUAAAAUGUUUGUUAUGGAGGAAGAGAAGGAAGAAGGGAGAGGGAGGAAGGGUUUUUAAAUGUGUGAGUUUAAGAGGAGGAGGAGGAGGAAGAAGAAGAAGAAGAAGAAGAGUUUAAAAUGUUUGUGAAAGAAUUUGUUGCUAAAGGAAUUUGAUGUUGUAAGGAAUUGAAGAUUUCCCCCAAAACUUAAAUUCUCAGCUGUUUAUUUAUUUACUUUUUAUAUUUAUUAUUAUUUCUAUUAUUUCAUUCAUUAUUUCUUGUAUUUUAUUUAUUAAUGUAUUUAUCACUGUAUUUUAUUUUAACCUCGACUUGGAAUUUUGUUUUUAAGAGAUUAUAAUGAGUGUGUGUGUGUGUGUGUGUGUGUGUGUGUGUGUGUGUGUGUGUGUGUGUGUGUGUGUACUGAAUAUGUAUACAUGUGCCUGCUCGACUUACAUACAUACAGGCGUGUGCAUCUGUUUGUAUUUGUGUGCGUAAAAAUAGUUCAUGUAUGUGUGUGUGCGCGUGUGUGGUCACUUAUAUAUUACCCAUGUGUACGUAUGUGUGUCCUUACAUAUUAAUACCCACGUGUGUGUGUGUGUGUGUGUACAUAUACCAUAUCAUGACUGUGUGUGUGUGUGUGCGCAUAUAUACAUAUCCUGUGUGUGUCUAUGUAGUCUUAUGUACGCGCAGCAGUAUUAUUCCUAUCCAUGAACGUAUAGUGUGUGUGUGUGUGUGUGUGUGUUUCUGUGCGUAUAUACAUAUUCUGUGUGUGUGUGUGUGUCUAUGUACGCACAGCAGUAUUAUUCCCUCUCCAUGAACGUAUAGUGUGUGUGUGUGUGUGUGUGUGUGUGUGUGUGUGUUGUUCUGCAUUUAAAAUAACGAUUGCAGAUAAACACCAAAAUAUUAUGCUCACACACGCACACACGCACACACACACGUCACCGAUCAAAAUGUUUAUGUAUUGUGUUUGUUGAAGAUGGAGGAGGAGGAGGAGGAGAAGCUUCAAGUGUUUGUUAAAUGUAUAGGAGGAGAAGGAAGAAGAGGAGGAAAAAGGGUUUUUAAAUGUGUGUUUAGGAGGAGGAAGGAGGAAAAUGUUUUGUUAAAUAAUAGGGUUGAGAAUAAUGUUUAGAAAUAAUUAUGCUAAACCGAGGAGGAGGAGGAUAAGAAGGAGGAAAAAGAAAAAGAAGAAGCAAAACAAUGAAGAAAGAACCAGGAAGAAGGAAAACAAGUGCAAGAAGAAAACAAAGAAGAAGAAUUAGUCACAAGAAGAAGAAGAAGAAGAAGGCAACUAAGAAUAUUAUUAUUAUUAUUGCAACCUUCCCUUCUACACCUGGUGAGUUACUUAAUAACCUAACUUACCUGUACAUCAAGGUAGGAGGGUUAAAAACAGUGUAAUAUUCCAUCCAGUAUUUUAUUAUUAUUAUUAUUAUUAUUAUCAGAAUGUUGAUGUUUGUAAAGUUGUCAGCUAAUAAAAUCAUCUCUGUGCA